CUCUCUCUCUCUCUCUCUCAUAAUAGCCGUGCACAGUUCCCGGGCACUCAGAGAGGUCGGACAGCUGUCGAGCACACACACACACACACACACACCCGUGUGCUCUUCUCGGAUCAUCUGGACCCGCUCGGUGUCGGAGUCCUUCUUCGGUCAUGAGGGACGCAUCGGCACCGGAGCCGGCGCUCGCGCACACACCCGAUGGCGACCCGUGAGCGCGCCGGGACUCAGCAUGUCCAACCGAACCGUGUCCGAGCCGCGGGAGACGCUGGCGCGUGCGCUCACCGGCUGCCUGCUGUGCGCCUUGAUCCUCUGGACUCUGUUCGGGAACAUCCUGGUGUGCGCCACCGUGCUGCGCUUCCGCCACCUGCGCACCAAAGUCACGAACAUCUUCAUCGUGUCGCUGGCCGUGUCGGACCUGCUGGUGGCCGUGCUCGUGAUGCCGUGGAAGGCGGUGGCGGAGGUGGCCGGUUUCUGGCCGUUCGGCGCGUUCUGCGACAUCUGGGUGGCGUUUGACAUCAUGUGCUCCACCGCGUCCAUCCUGAACCUGUGCGUGAUCAGCGUGGACCGCUACUGGGCCAUCAGCAGCCCGUUCCGCUACGAGCGCAAGAUGACCCCGCGCGUGGCCUUCGUGAUGAUCGGCGCGGCGUGGACUCUCUCGGUGCUCAUCUCGUUCAUCCCGGUGCAGCUGGACUGGCACAAGGCCACCGCGGAGCCCAACGCCACCGACGCGGACAGCUGCGACUCGAGCCUGAGCCGAGAGUACGCCAUCUCCUCGUCCCUCAUCAGCUUCUACAUUCCCGUGGCGAUCAUGAUCGUCACCUACACGCGCAUCUACCGGAUCGCGCAGAUCCAGAUCCGGAGGAUCGCCUCUCUGGAGCGCGCCGCCGAGCACGCGCAGAGCUGCCGGACGAACCGGCUCGCGUGCCAACACCACAGCAGCCUGAAGACGUCCAUCAACCGCGAGACCAAAGUCCUGAAGACGCUGUCCAUCAUCAUGGGGGUGUUCGUGUGCUGCUGGCUGCCGUUCUUCGUGCUCAACUGCGUGGUUCCGUUCUGCCACCGGGAGCCGUCCGCGGGUCCGCCGUGCGUCAGCGACACCACCUUCGACGUGUUCGUGUGGUUCGGCUGGACCAACUCGUCCCUGAACCCCGUCAUCUACGCCUUCAACGCGGAGUUCCGCAAGGGCUUCUCCAGCCUGCUGGGCUGCCGGAACCGGUGCCGGACCCCGGUGGAGACGGUGAACAUCAGCAACGAGCUCGUGUCCUACAACCAGGACACGCUGUUUCACAGAGAGGUGGCGAGCGCAUACGUCAACAUCAUCCCGAACGAGGUGGACGACGCGUUCGACCGGAUCUCGCAGCUCUCGCGGGACAACGAGGACUCUGUGUGCGAGCUGGAGUGCGAGGCGGACGGGGCGUUCACGCCGAACGGCGUCCACUGACCGCGAGCACCGGGCUGGAGUGUUUCUGAAAGAAUGCUGUCACGUGACCGCGCCGCUGUUUCACCCGGAGGUUUAGAUGUUUGCACUGGAAAACAGGACCAGUAUUCCCACCAUGCUUCUUCCAGUGUUGUGCCUCACGUAUAAUCAUCUAGAAGUCAAAGUUUCCUGCUCAUGUUUGGAACUCAUAAUUACGAUAUUUCUGACUCCACUAGAAUGAAAGGUCAGUGCAAUAUUGAAGUGUUGCUCAUUUGUGAUCUGACCACAGCCGCACUCAUGGAUCCUCUGUGGACUGGCAUCAUCUUCAUCAUCCUCCUCCUCUGUGACUCAAACCAGCCGGAGAGAUUCUACAGCCUUAUUCCUUCAGUGAUCAGCCUUACACUGAGCACAGCCUGCGAGCCGGACUCCUCAGUGUCAUCACAGCUUCACUCUCUUCUCAUGCACUUAUGUGUUUGAUCAUGGAGCUGUAAAGUGUCGUCUGAUGAAUGAACGGGCCGCUGGGGUUCUGGAGGUCCAGUGCUGUUCUCGUGUGCUGUGUGAUGGUGAAUGUCUGAAGAGCACAUUAAUGUUGUGAUGCUUCAUUGUGUUUUAUUAAUGUAAUGUUUAUUGUUUACAAAAGCAAAGCCUGUAGAUUCACUGUAAUGAGCUGUAAACUGUGAACAGUGACUCUUAGUGAGUGUGUGUGUGUGUGUGUGUGUGUGUUUGUGGAUGAUGUUUUUCUCUGUCACAUACACAGACACACACACAUAUGAAUGUACACUAAAAGUCAUGACCACAGAUGUUUUUUUUAAUUAAAUGACCA